GAGCCUAAGCUUCUGUUCCCCGACACCGACUCGACGCCGCUCCCGAUUCGGUUACCAUCCGGCGAUUGACGACCACCAAUCGGCCGGACCAUCUGGAGGAUCCCGGCCCGUUAAUUGCCUUGGUUUCUUCGAUUGACAGCCGUAGGAGGAGGAACGACGCCGAGAAGCUUUGAACUACCCGACGGAUUCUGAGUUUUCCGGCGACCUUCUUGGGAAAUCGAGGGGUUUCGGCUCCAAGGAGGGUUGUGACUCCGACAUUAUAUCCGGUGCAUCUAGAUGGCUUCCUGGGUGAGAGGUGAUUGAGUAUUCGAGCUCGACAAGCCUGGGGAAUGAAGAGUAGGUGAACGUAGAAAGAGACUGCUUACGGUGAAGAGACGAUAUGAGUGGCCUGGUGUAGCUGAUGCAUGUCGGAAGUGAAAGCAAGCAGAGGAGCAGUAGUGGAAGACUUGAUUGAUGCUGAGCUACUCUUUGGGUGUAAAUAGUGGUUUUGGAGUUGGUCUCACACAAUUUGAUUACAAGGAUAUUGCUUCGGAAUAAAUGUGAUCUGGAUCCCUUGACACCAUCGCCUGUAAGGUUGUAGAAGAUAAAACUGGUCUUUCAUGGCAUCUGGUAGCCACGGGGAGUGUUCAUCUGUUGUUUCAGAUCCUAAAUGGAGAUAUGAUGUGUUUUUGAGUUUUAGGGGUGAAACACGACUCGGUUUCACAGCUCAUUUACGCGAAGAAUUGCGAGAUCAAGGAAUUACACGAGUUUUCUUGGAUGAAGAAGAGCUUCGGAAAGGAGAAUUGAUUGCUGACCUCUUCUCAGCAAUUGAACAAUCGAGGCUAGCCAUCCUUGUGAUUUCUCAGAAUUAUGCUUCUUCAACGUGGUGCCUGAGAGAGCUUUCAAAGAUUCUAGAAUGCAUGGAAGCAAGGGGGGGAGUUCUACCAAUUUUCUAUUCUGUGGAGCCUAGGGAUGUUGGAAAACAAUUGGGAACUUUUGAACAAGCGUUCAUUAAUCUUCAAGAAAGAUUUAAGAAUGACAACGAAAAGGUGAAACAGUGGAGGGCUGCUUUAGAGAAAUUGUCGAAUAUCAAAGGGUGGACUUCAAAGGAUAGGUUAGCCUUCCUUCUUUCUUUCCUAAAGUUUAAAACUUUUUAAGAAUGAGCAACUGGAUGUAUUUCUUACCUCUACGGUU